GGUUUUUGAUAACUGACUCCUGCUGUUUUCGUAACCAUCCUUUGCUUGGAAAUGGCUUCAGCUUCUCCAUCACCUGAUCCCAGUUUGGAUGCGGAAUGGCAGGAGUGGAAAAGGAAAUACGAGAAAAUUUACAGCCAGGAUGAAGAAGGACACAGGAGAAUGGUGUGGGAAGAAAAUAAGAAGAAAAUUGAGGAGCACAAUGCAGAAUAUGAGCAGGGCAUGGCCAGCUUCUGCAUGGGCCUGAAUGAAUUUAGUGAUUUGGUGAACUAG